UGGUUGUUUAUUUGCCGCUUUCUCCUCCCCCCGCCCUUCCUCCUCCGCCCUAAGUCCGCCCUCCCGGCGUAGGCUUGCUGGCGGCGUGCGGGCCGCGCCUCCGUGCUGAGGGGAAGGAGGGGGAAAAAGGGGGGAAAAGGCGGAAAAAUCGGCGGCGGCGGCGGCAGUGAGGAGCAGCCGUGGGAGGAUCACUGGCAUGGGCAGAGCCGCAGGUGGAAAGAUCCCGACCGCGCCAGCACCGGGACGGAGCAGCUCAGUCCUGUUUGUGUAACUCCGGGCUCGUGCUGCGGCGAUCAUCCAGCAGGGACAGCGCCGGAUCAACGCCGUCAAGGACACCUUGUCCAACCAGUCACCGUCCUGCGGCUCCGGGCUGAGGUGUCAGCAGGGUGUGGGUGGGACGCUUCGGCCCGCAGCUCCGCUCUGGCGGCUUUCACGCCCCUCGUUCCUUGCUGGCGGGGGGCACGGGGAGCACACCCCGCUGCGCUGGGUUUCUUUGGGCUGCCGUCAGCUGGAAUGUGGAUGCACGCACGGAGCUGGGACACGGAGAGCGCUGCCUGUCAUCCGCGCUGAGCAGCCGGUGGCACAGCCCAGCAGCCCGGCCCCACUGCCCAGCACAUCCCAGAGCCCAGCGCUGCCCUCCAGCAGCGCCCUGCGGGACGAGCAGCCCCCGGAGGGGACUUCUAGAUCUGCUGUGCGGGUUGGCGUCUCAGAUCGGCGCUCCUUCGGAUCGCUUCAGUUAUUUUAAAGCAACGGGCAGCGCCUGGUGUGUGAGUUGGGCUCCUACAUGCGUUUUUUUGUGGAGUAUCUGAACUUUGCAUCAUAAGAAAGCGGAGGUUGGGACUGAACCGCGCGCUGUGGUGGGAGCGUCCGUGCCCUCAGCGGAUCCCUGGGACCACGUGGUGCUGCCGACGAAUGCUCUGAGCCGCCGGGAUGGAGCUGCAGCCUGAGCUGGGGGCAGUGCUCCCAGCCAUGGGGGACGAUGCCCAGUGCAAGGAGCCCAGCCCUGAGCCCUGCCAGCAGCUGCAGGACACGGGGGGUUCCGACAAAGAGGGGGAUGUUCCGUGCGCCAGCGAGCACGGCCAGGAGCUGCAGCCAGCGGUGCAGGAGGAGGUGCCAGGCCCCAGCACCACAGAGGAUCCCGCUGAGCACCAGGAGAGCAGAAGCCAAGGUGCACAGGAGGAGCUGCCCGGCCCCAGCACCACGGAGGAUCCCGCUGAGCACCAGGAGAGCAGAAGCCAAGGUGCCCGGGAGGAUCUGCCCGGCCCCAGUGUGAGCGAUGCAUCCCUGGGGGGAGCCCCGCAGCCGGCAGCCGAGCCCCCCAGCGCCCGCUCCCCCGCCCGCGAGCCUGAGCCCGAUUUCUACUGCGUGAAAUGGAUCACGUGGAAGGGAGAGCGGACGCCCAUCAUCACCCAGAGUGAGAACGGGCCCUGCCCGCUCCUGGCCAUCAUGAACAUCCUCUUCUUGCAGUGGAAGGUGAAGCUGCCCCCCCAGAAGGAGGUGGUGACGUCGGAUGAGCUGAUGGCACAUCUGGGGGACUGCAUCCUGUCCAUCAGACCCCAGGAGAAGUCGGAGGGGCUGCAGCUGAACUUCCAGCAGAACGUCAACGACACCAUGAUGGUGCUGCCCAAGCUCUCGACGGGUCUGGACGUGAACGUGCGCUUCACGGGCGUCUCUGACUUCGAGUACACCCCCGAGUGCAUCGUCUUCGACCUCCUCAACAUCCCGCUGUACCACGGCUGGCUGGUGGACCCGCAGAACCCCGAGGUGGUGCGAGCCGUGGGCAAGCUGAGCUACAACCAACUGGUGGAGAAGAUCAUCACCUGCAAGCACUCCGGCGACUCCAACCUGGUGACUGAAGGGCUGAUCGCUGAGCAGUUCCUGGAGUCCACGGCCUCCCAGCUCACCUACCACGGGCUGUGCGAGCUGACGGCCGCCGUGAAGGAGGAAGAGCUGAGCGUCUUCUUCCGCAACAACCACUUCAGCACCAUGAUAAAGCACAAGGGCCACCUGUACUUGCUGGUGACGGACCAGGGCUUCCUGCAGGAGGAGCGGGUGGUGUGGGAGAGCCUCCACAACGUGGACGGCGACAGCUGCUUCUGCGACACGCAGUUCCACCUCAGCCACGCGCUGGGCAAGGAGGCGGCCGCGCCGGAGCAGAGCCAGCUGGACCAGGACUACAUGAUGGCCCUAUCCCUGCAGCAGCAGCAGGGCCAGGGCCCCUCUGCGCUCAGUGACCUGGAGCUGGCUCGCCAGCUGCAGCAGGAGGAGUACCAGCAGCAGCAGCAGCAGCGGCCGGCCCCGGCCCCCCCCCAGGUAUCGGGGUCCCCUCCUUGUGCCCCUCUGCUCCGUCCUCCCCCCGGCCCCAGCCCCGGUGUCUUCCCGCAGGGCCGAGCGCAGCAGGGCGGCCGCCCGACCCCGGAGCGGAGACAGCGGCACAAGCAGAGCUCGGACUGCACCCUCCUGUAGCCCACCCCCCCGGACCCCCCGUCCCGCAGGGACCCUCUGCUGAUCCUGGGGACGAUGUGGAGUGAGAUGUGGGGGCGGGGGGGGCUCCCUCCUCACACAGCGCUGGGACCGUCCCCAUUUUUCCAGUGGCCUUAACACGGGGGUGAGGAACCCGUGGGAGCGGGGGCCCCCCCCACCCCGCUAUGGACCCUCAGGAGCAGUGGGGCCGCGUGGGGGGGGGAGACGCGUGCCCCCUCCCACAGCAUUGCCUUAGCCCUUGGCCAAUAAAGGACUUUGCCCAU